UGCAUCUUACGGGAUAAUGUGUUAUGGCGGUUCCUAUCUUGAGGUGGCAACGAAUCACAAAUUCUGCAGGGCCUCAACCUCGGCCGCGGCAUGGUCACAGGGCAGUGGCGAUUAAAGAUUUGAUGGUGGUCUUCGGAGGAGGGAAUGAAGGCAUAGUAGAUGAGCUGCAUGUAUUCAAUACAGCUACAAACCAGUGGUUUGUACCAGCAACAAAAGGAGAAGUACCACCAGGAUGUGCAGCAUACGGGUUUGUUGUAGAUGGCACUCGAAUACUCGUCUUUGGGGGCAUGGUCGAAUAUGGAAAAUACAGCAAUGAACUGUAUGAAUUACAAGCUAGCAGAUGGGAGUGGCGGAGGUUACGACCCCGCCCUCCGCGGAAUGGACACCCACCGUGCCCCAGACUUGGACAUAGUUUCACUCUCACCAACAGUAAGGUCUUCCUGUUUGGAGGCUUGGCAAAUGAGAGUGAUGAUCCGAAAAACAACAUACCAAGGUAUCUGAAUGAUCUUUAUACUCUGGAUUUGAAGACGAGUACCACUGCUUGGGACAUUCCACAAACAAAGGGUACACCACCAUCUCCAAGGGAGUCUCACACAGCAGUGGCAUACACUCAGAAAGCCACUGAAGUAACUCGUAUUGUCAUUUAUGGUGGAAUGAGUGGUUGUCGUCUAGGGGACCUUUGGUUUUUGGAUUGUGAUACUUUCUCAUGGACGAGACCUGUAUUGAGAGGAGUUCCGCCCUUACCACGAUCUUUGCAUACAGCGACUUUAAUAGGUGAAAGGAUGUUUAUAUUUGGAGGUUGGGUGCCACUAGUUGUUGAUGAUGUGAAAGCAGCAACGUUGGAGAAAGAAUGGAAGUGCACAAAUUCAUUAGCAUCCUUAAACCUAGAAACUCUCACAUGGGAGCAACUUGUAAUAGACACAAGUGAGGAAUAUAUGCCUCGUGCUCGUGCAGGACACUGUUCUGCAGGAAUCCACACGAGAUUGUAUGUGUGGUCUGGUAGGGAUGGAUAUAGGAAGGCGUGGAACAACCAGGUAUGCUGCAAAGACCUGUGGUACCUGGAGGUUCUGCAUCCAAUGCAGCCUCAUAAAGUUCAGUUGGUUAGAGCCCAAACUGAAGAACUCGAACUAUGUUGGCCAGCAGUUCCCACUGCAGAAGCUUAUCGUAUACAGCUACAUAGAUAUGAAAUGCCGCCAAAUUGGAGUAUGCCAUCAUAUCCCCCAGUACCGAUCAGAUCUCCACCACAACCUGUUCCUUCACCAACAAAGAGCCCUCCAUCUCAGGUUGAGAAAACAUCUCCACAAAAAGAUAAUACUUCAUGCAAAUCUGCUGCUAUUCUUAGCACCCCUGUAAUGUCCCCACCAUUGAACAUUCCACAGGAGAAAUCACUGAGUGCAGAACUGGAGGAUGCUGAUGCAGACUUGUUGUCCUUGCAGAACAUUAUUGAACCUUUGCCAUCAACUAAAAUAACACCACCUGCGUUACCUACCUCCACAGUUCCAACAGCUGUUACUGGCAUAACGCCAGCAAAUCAAAUGAAACCUCAAGUCGGUGUUAUUGCCACUCCUACCACGAAAUCUUCAUUGGCUUCAAUGUUAGCAGGAAUUAAAUUGCCAUUGUCUUCCAGUAACAUGCCUGAUCUGGUACCUAACACCACUGCAGUGACUACACCUACCACCACAACUGUCUCUACUCUACCCACUCUGCCAGUGCUAACUUCCCCCAUUACCUCUCCCAAAAUGACUGUACUUACGACAGUGUCAUCACCCACAAGAAUUGCACCACAACCACAGAAUGGGACAAGGGUUGCAACUGUCGCAUCACCAGCUCGCAGCAUUAUUCCUGUGGUUCAACAGUAUUCACCUGGAAUUAGAGCAUCUCCACAGGCGACGUUACUUAGAGGGGUUUCUCCAGCGCAAGGAAAGCAAAUAAUUUUACAGAAGUCAGCCAAUUCCACUGGAUCAAACCUAGUAACAUUUGUGAAAACAAGCCAAGGAGUCACUGUUGCGAUGCCAAAGACUUCGGUGGUGCAAGCAAAACCGGGAACAGCAGGUCAAGUAACAGCAAUUCAAACUGGGCAGAAAACAAUCCCAGCUGCUACAAUUGUAAAGCUUCUGAGUGGUAAUCAAGGCACAGGUGUUCAGAUACCACAAAUAAAGGGUGUGCCAUCAAACAUAAUGGUCACUAAAGCUCCAGGUCCUGGAGGAAAGCAAACAAUUGUUAUUACGAAACCUGGUUUGUCACCUGCUGGACCGACAGCAGUUGGUGUCCGACCUGCAACUGGACAGCAGUUUAUUGUUGUUACGACGUCACCUGGGAUCCGCACCGUGCAGUCAGUUACAUCAUCACAAGCGGGAAAUGCUACAGCUGGGGUCAUAUCACCUAAUGUAAAUUCACUCACAGCACCGAAUGCAGGAGCCAUGAAGAUGAUUGUCGUUUCAUCAGCAUCUGUGCCUGGAGGAAAUGUUGGCAAGCCAAUAACCAUAACAGUCCCAGGUGGUCAAGGAGGCAGACCAAAGACUGUUACUAUUGCAGCAAGACCUAGUGGUCAGGCAGUGAUAGGCUCUGUUCCUGCUACAGGGCAGAUUAUAAGCUCAGUUCAGCCCUCACAAACUCGCAUUGUGUCUACACAGCCUGCACUAACACUGGGUGCAAAACCAGUGACAAUGCAGCUAACUACAGCAGAUGGGGGACAAAAAAUGUUGACAUUACUGCCCAACAGUGGAACCACAAUGCCACUUGUAGCAGGAGCUGAGAAUAUGAGUUUAGGUAGCAGUUCAGCCGAGCUUGUGGCGGCCCUAGGUCAGACAGUCAGUACAUCUGCUGCUGCUACCCGCCAGCUUCAGCCCACCUCGACAAUAGCUUCGAGUGAAGGACCUGCUACUACAGAUGCUGCACUGGCUGCUUUGGCCGCAGAAGCUGGACUCCUUGACCCACCCUUAGAAAACUUAUCACCAGCUUUUCUUCAAAAAGAACUUGAGGGUGACGGGAGUGAAAUGUCACCAAAUUUAACAGGUGAUGAGCUCCAGUUUCCAACCUCCCAAGACAACUACAGAAGUGAUGGUGUAAGAAUGAACAGUACAAACAGUGACAAAUUAGUUAUCGAUGAAAAUCUGGACAGCGGAAGUACAACGGGUGCUGACAGUGAUAUUGCCAAAGCUGCUUCAGAACUGAUGCAACUUAGUAAUCCAGAAGUUUGUAGCUUGGCAGAUGAACUUAGAUCUAUUAAGGAAAGUCAUUCGUCUGGCCUCGGUGAAAGUGCAGAUUGCAGCCUAAAUGAUGUUUUACAAUCGUGUACUGAUGGAAAUUUACAUGCAGAAAUGGCAGGUCACUCUCCAAUAAGUGCAAUGAAGUUCCAAAGUGAGCCCUCCAUAGAAGACCCUACAAAGGGAACAGACAUUGAUAACAGUGCUAUUAGUGCAGCACAAGGAGAAAGCAGUUUGGGAAACAAAUCUGGACUGACAGAAAACAGAGAUUCGGAAUUCAAUUUGCGUGAGACUGACAGCAGUGCAAGCUCUCUGCCACUGAUGAAGACAGGUGAAAUGGAGUCUGAUGCUCUGUCCACAUUAGCAUCUGCAGCACUGGGCUGCAAGCAGGCACCGACGAAUGGAGCGCCUGUUCAACCUGCGGAGCAGAAGGGCCCUGUGGUCACACAACUGCCAGGAGCACCAUCAGCUAUAAAAAUUUUAAAGGUAAAUGAUGGUGUUAAUCUGUCUUGGGACCCUCCACCAAAUGAGGUCAUUAUAGAGUACUCUGUAUAUCUUGCAGUACGCAGUGCCACUUCUCAAGUACGGGGAGAAAAUAAAACUGUCUUGAGUACAUCCACCCAGUUAGCUUUUAUGAGAGUCUAUUGUGGACCUAACAGUAACUGCAGGAUAGAACCUCAUCAAAUUGCUGAAGCUCACAUUGAUAAAAACACAAAGCCUGCCAUUAUAUUCAGAAUAGCUGCUCGAAAUGAGAGGGGAUACGGGCCAGCUACACAAGUGAGGUGGCUUCAAGAUACAACACCACAAACCAAACCAGCCAUUCUAAAACGACAGGCAGCAAUAAAACCACCGACUGCCACAGCAGGUAAUCCAGCAAAAAGGAGAAAACCAGAAGACCAGUCUUGAAAAUGCCAUUUGUUUGGAGAGUUGUGGAACACUUGUGCAAAUAGUUCUAAGUCGAACCAGAAAUAAAUUCCAGAAACAAUUUGUAAUGGUAUCUAGACUCGUUGUCAUUUCAGUUACAUCAUCUUAAUUUUUGUGAAGCUUGGUUGAUAAAUUCAAGCAUUCUGCAAAUUUGUGUUUUGUCCAAAGUUUCUACAGCUGUCUUGAUUAUCUUUGUGGAAAUGUGUUAUUUCUUACACCAAGGAAGUAUAGCAGUGUUACAAUCUUUCUCUGCACACUGGAGCAUAUAGAGCUUCAGCAUUUUGUAAAUAAUUUUAUUAAUUUUGUGUCAAAGAAAUAUCCAUUCUUAUUAAAUGUUCAACAUAAAGCACUUUAUCUGAAUAUGAUAAAAUGUUCUAUUCCAAAGGUUAUAAAAUGCUGAAGUACAUUUUAAAUUGUAUUUGAAUUAAUAUUCAUGUAUGUCUAAUUGACCAAAAUGUGGACAGAUAUGUGUGUUCUAAAGGCUGAAUUAUUCAUGAACAACAUUUCUGCCCCUACAUUUAUUAAAGUGUUAAUUUAGACCUUUUGUGAGUCAUUGAAUUCAGUAUAUUGGAGAGCAGUGCCCACCUUCCAUCGUGUUGUCAUGCUGAUCUCUCUCUUGCCCCUAUAUAUUUUAUGUAGUGUCCCUUGAGGUGUCAGAAAAGUGUACAUGCAAAUAAACGUAAGAACGUGGAAUAAUUUUGCUGUAAUGAUUUUGCAUAUAUGUAGAAACUGCUUUUAAUUUUAGUUUGUAACAAGAAUUUUACACAAAGCAUACCAUCAUAAUUUUAAUAUGAACAUUUUCUCUGAUUAGGUGUUUGUAUGAGAAUAUUUGAAAACAAAAAAGCAGUACAAACUGAACUCGCUGCUGUUUUUAUGUUACUUGGCAAAGCCAAAUGUAGAAGAGGCAGUUGAGGAUUCGUGCUUCAUCACGACACAGUGUAGCCAUAUGGCUUGCUGUUAUUUGUAGUUUUGGCAUCACACGUGUUAAAAGAAGUGUUUACUGGAGCAGCACAAGGUGGAUGAUGCUUCUGUGGAAACAUGAUAUUUUUGUGUAAAGACGAAGUUUUCACUCACGCUCAGCUGACCAAUUGCAAUUUUAUUUUAAGGUUUCCAGAGUAGAUAAAUCGUGAAGUGUAAAGAACAGAACAUGGGUAACAAACUGAACUGUUACAAUAGAACACAUCGGAAUCGAAACAAAAAGUACGUUCACACAUUACUCAGUGAAUCAGUGCUAACGAAGCUGCAGUAUGCUGUACUAGCCAGAAUUUAAAUUUUAUGACUUGUCCUGUGUAUUUGAUGCAUAAGUGAUGAUAAAAUACAUGGCAACCAGCCCCACUUUAAUUCUCUCUCUCUCUCUCUCUCUCUCUCUCUCUCUCUCUCUCUCUCUAAAAAAAAGGGGGGCUUGAACUUAUUUUCAGCUAGCUUAUAAUAUGAAAGAAGGAAAGUGUUUAAUUAUUUAUAAAAAGUACUCAUAUAUUUUUGUAGUGAUACUGUACUCUGAUAGUCAUAAAUGGUACAUAAAAUAUUACAUGAAAAAUUACACAUUAAAAUCUGAGGUGAGCUUUAUCAUCUGUACUAACUGAAAGGAACUUAUUAUAUCAUGCCUUUAGACUUUGUACCCAAGUUGAUAGUGUCAUUUUUCGCAAUAUUUUAACAGUUUUCCAUCUGUCUUUUUUACUGUGCUGAGGAAAGACUUCAAUUUUUGCUGUAAGGACUCCAAACUGUAAACUGGCAAAGCUGUGCACUGUCGUGAUUGUUUCUGAUGCUGACAGUAGUAUCUCAUUGAAAGUCUGCUCCCCUGGUGUUCUUUGUAUUAAAUUCAUACAAUUUCUGCACAUAUACCAAGCAAGACUUUGAUUUUUUAGCAGAGUGUGGGGAUCGGGGAUUCAAAUACUUCUCUGGCCAUCCAGAUUAGGUUUUCCAUGGUUUCCCUAAAUUGCCUAAGGUAACAGAAGGUUUUUGCUAGGACUUUAUCAAUUUUUGACCAAGUCUGAGCUCGUGUUCCAUACCUAAUUACCUCUUUCAUCAAAGGAAUGUUAAAUCCUUAUCUUCCUUCCAAAAGAUCUAAGCAUAUUGAAUGCCUUCAUUGGCACAGUAAUCUCAAUUGUCUCUUUUAUUACACUGUCCUAAAAGUUCAGUGUUGGCGCUAAGAUGCUAGUAUCAAGUUUAAUUAGCUGCUUGAAUCGGGUGUAAUAUUGUUUGUGACUAUAUCUUCCUGAUACAGUUUUAUAAUUUGUCAAACCUGCAUGUGGCACUUGUGUGAUAUGCAGUAUAAUUCAGAUAUUAAAGGCUUAGAUCUUAUUUAACAAAGCAUAACUGACCUGUUUUGUAAAAGGGUCCGAUAUAGUCAGGAAACCAAGUUUUUCAUUUAUUCUCUUCUUUUUAGGCCUCCAAAAUCAGAGUAUAUUCUGUGUACCUUAUGACUAUAGGAUGUUGUAUGCUGAAUAGACUGUAAGAAAUGUUAAAUGAAGAUGUGAAGAACAUGCAACAUCUCAGUAAAUUUGCUAUUGCUGAGAAUUGCCUCGCAUUUGAGAUGAAAUGAUCUCAUUAUUGUGGUGCAGGUUCUGUGCUCCUGGGACUGUGAAGUAAAGGAGACAAACAAAAUUAUUGUUGGUUGUAUUGGAAAAUGUAAUUAAAGCCUGAAAUCUAGUACUCAUUGUGCUUGAAUCUUGUCAGAAAUCAUUUAAACCCGAUUCAGAAAUGUGCCUGAAGCAGCUUCAGAAAACUCUAGUCAGUGUUGGGAAACAAUUGCUGCAUGAAAUGCUGCACACAAUAUGUCCAAGUUAUAAUUUGAAGUUCAAGCAGCAAACAACAGCGAUAUUUAUGUCAGCGUAGAAAAUAAUUGCCCAGGAACUGCCUAUGGAAUAUCAUGAACAACAGAGGAAAUAGAUGGUCCAGUUCUAUUCUUCUAACUACUGUGCCUGGCAGUCUUCCAGUGUUUGUGUAAUUGAAUAGAGGUUUACAGCAUCCGCUUGAAUCAAUAGUAGAGUGUAUGAGGUGUCUGUCCUAGUCUCUCUUUUCAACACAGUGAUGAAGCUACUCUGGUUUUAUCUUCAGUUCAAGUUAGGUGAUGAUAAUCCUUAUCAAUAAAAAUCAAGGUGUUAAAUGACACUGGGGCAUUGUAGACCAACCAUUAUAGUCCUUCACAAGCUAUUAAGUGGGAUGGGAAUUAAUUUUAUUCCAGAAAAAAGUGGGGAAACUAUGUUGUAGAACUAACAAUGGUUUUGUUUUAGUAGUGGAGAGGCAAAGCAUUAAGUGGACAAGGUAGAUAUGUGGGUGAGAUGUGGCAAGCUUCAGAAAAUACCAGAAACCUCAGUGCAGUAUAUUGUGUAAACACCACAUGUAAGCUCUCUUACUGAUGCAUGCAAAGAAAUGCAGAGAUACAGUGGAUACAUAAUCCUUAUUGGUGUUCUACAUACACAUUCUGCAUUUGGUAAUCUAGUGUUUCUUCUGUCACCAUUGACUGAUUAUGCCCAUCACACCAACAGUUGCCAGAGCAUACAUAUUGCAAACCUGCAGUUUGAGUAUGUAAUUGUUCUGUGAUGAUAUUAUAACAAUAAAAUAGUAAUAAGAAAAAAUUGUCCUGGCUGCUUUAAAUGAAAUCACUCAGCAUGCCAUUCAGCAGAGUAACAGGGAUAAGAAAUUGAUUUCACCUUCAGGGUAAUGGGACUCCAUCAUCAUAGUUCCACACAGGACUUAAAUUACAUAAAUAGCAAUUAAGUAACGAAGUGCAAUACUUUGAAUAUGACUGAAAUUAGUAGUAUGACUAAGUUUUACUACAUCCAAGACUUCAUUUGGCUUUGACGAGUAAUACUUUAGAGAGAGUGUGGCUCUUGUUAUAGUCUCAGUUGUGAGGCAGGAGAGGGAACAUUCUGUUUUUAGAAACAUUGACAACUACAAUGUUUAAUAAUGGCUGUUAAAGUAUUGUAAAGCUCUUAAGAUGUGUGUAAUAAGAAAAGAAGCAGUGCAUCUUUCUAGUGUGUUAGUGCUAGCUAGUGGCACAAAUAAGAUGGCUGCAUGUGCAACAGUGUUUAAAUGAUAUUGUUGUGUGUCUAAAUUCUCCUCAUCACAGCACAAAGACUUUAGAUAUAUUUAUUUAACAUUUGGUCCCUUUGUUGGUGCAUGUUCUAUGUACAUUUUUUGGUUACUGUGUAAUUUUGUUAAUAUAUUUAUGAUUGUAUUGUGGUGUCAUUAUACUCACUGACUCUUCAGAGUCAAUUUGGGACUGAAACUGAAGUAGUAUGCUGACACUGAGCCACAGAUUUUAAUGUAUAUGACAGAGAAGAACAUAUUUUAAUGUAUAUGACUGCUUAAAUAUUAA